AUUAUGACAGGGAGUUGGAAGAGGCUAUUGACAGGCUUAUUGUUGAGUGUGAUAGGAAAAUUGGUAGAGCUCUCAAGUGUCUUGAAGAUGAGGAUGCAAAGGCCGUUAUUGCUAUAUCAGUCUCUGAAGUUACUCAGACAGCAGAAGUACUAGAGCUUUCAAAGCAGAUUAAGGAGAAAUUGAAAGAAGCUUUUCAAUAUGACUGAUCAAAAGCUACGUGUUUGUGAUAUUUGUGGAGCAUUUUUGAGUGUUUAUGACAGUGACCGAUGUUUAGCAGAUCAUUUUGGAGGCAAACUUCAUUUAGGCUAUAUGCAAAUCCGUGAUAAAUUAGUAGAACUUUAGGUAAGAUGAUUUACAUGCUCAGUAUAUGCUGACUGUCUAUGGUGGCUCUGCUUUAAGUGUUACAUUAGGCUAGGGAUAGUGCCUGGCAUCCAAGGUGCUGAUAUAAUGUUUCUCAUUCUUCUUUAUAGAUUCUCAGUUAGUAUCAUUUGUGACUUUUUCUGACAUCAGAGAAGAACAAUAUCUCCCAUUUUUCAAUUUCUUUUGAUUGUUUGUAGAUGCUGGACUUUAAAACAUUGUAUUUUCUACCUUGUCUGUGCAUAUUGGGCUUAAAAUGUAUCAAAUAUGAAAUGUCUUGGUGCUCAACCAAUUUUGAUAGGUUAGUUUUUUCUGCUGAAGGGAUGAGAAAAAAAGGAAACAUGAAAUCAAAUAGGAGAGAAGUACAAGAAAGGAGUUUGUUGUAAGUAAUGUAAGAAAAAAAAUGAGCUUUUUCAUAUGUUUAAAAUCUGUGACAAUAAUUCUGAUGAACGCCUGGUUUGGUUAGGGUAAGUUGCCUACUAAUUAUGCCUACUACCAUUAGAAUUCUUUCCUAGUGGUCCCUAUGGCAUGUUAUAUUUAGCUAAAUUGAAGUGGCAUUUAGCUUUUUGAAAGAAGCAUUCAGUAGUAUUUGUUGAUUAUUGUUUUCUUAGGAAGAGAGAAACAACAGCUGCGAACUUGACUGGUAUGAUGACAGGAGAUCGAAAGAAAGAAGUAAAGAUCAUGAGAGAGAAUCAAGUCAGGACCAAGACAAAGGGAAUAGCCGUGACCAAGGGAGGGAUUAUGAUCGUAGGAGCAGAGAUCAUGACAGGUAUAGUGAUCGAGAUCAUGAUAGGGAUUAUGAGCACUCUUGGACUUAUGAUUUUAGAAGUCGCCACAGGUCACAUUCAAGGUCGAGAGAAUGCUCUAGGGAUCAUGAUCACAAACAGACCCAGAACCAACCAUGCUCAAGGCAUAGGGGUGUAGCAAACACCUGUACUGUAGAUUUUAAUGCUGUUUUUCUUCACAUAAAAAACCCUGAUUUUUUUUCAAUCUCAUCUAAAUUCUAAAAUAUCUUGAUUACUGUUUAAUUAUGAUGAGCUGGUGAAGGGAUGGCAUUCCUUUACUACCUUAUUAUAUUAUGACUUGUGAGUUAUUUCCUGGAUUUGAAUCUUGAUCUUGACCUCAAAACCAAGUGACAGAUAUUUGCCUUCCUUAUUUUUCAUAGCUUUUUGGUUUGCGCCUGAAGCUUUUAAAGCUUUCUGUGCUGAUAAGGAUUAUUCUGGAACUUUACUCAUUGUUUUUAAUCAGGCGUGACCGAUACUAGAUGCAUGAAUGCUACCAAGAAGAAAAUGAGUAUGAAACUGUUCUUGCUUAGGUAAGCCGACUUAUAUAGGGGAGUUGCGUUCCUUAGUUUAGUAAUUUGAUAGUUUGUCAUGUGGCUGUAUCAACCUGUUUAAGAGGGUAUUUGUUGUUUUUUGGUACCUAGAGACUAGAGCUUAAACCCUAGACUUGUGGCCAAGAGCGUAAGUGACUAUUAUUAGAUCAUAUGGUUGAUGGUUAAGAGGGUGUUUGUUACUUGGUGAUUUGUGUUUGGUAUUCGGUAUCAUUGGAAGUGUAAGUUUGCUUGAUUUUACUGUUCCAAUUUCCAUGUCGGCAAUUUUUCAGUUAAGUAUCUAAAAGAAGAAUUAAUAUAAUGAGGUUGAAUUU